AUGAGCACCAGGGGCGCUUCACUGAAAGGUUUGUUGUUGGCUGCCCUUCUGGUGUCCCACAUGCUUCUGACAAAGGAAGGAGUGACCUCUAUGCCAAUCUGCCCAAAUGGAUCUGUCAAUUGCCAGCUUUCCCUUGAGGAGCUUUUUGACCGAGCAGUUAAACUUUCACACUACAUUCACUUCCUCUCUUCGGAAAUGUUCAAUGAAUUUGAUGAACGCUACGCCCAGGGCCGGGGUUUCAUUGCAAAAGCUGUCAACAGCUGCCACACUGCGUCCUUAACCACUCCUGAAGAUAAGGAGCAGGCUCAGCAGAUUCAUCAUGAAGACCUACUGAAUUUAAUACUGGGAGUUCUGCGUUCCUGGAAUGAUCCUCUGAUCCACCUGGCCUCUGAAGUACAAAGAAUCAAAGAAGCUCCAGAAACCAUUCUCUGGAAGGCUGUGGAGAUUGAAGAACAAAACAAGCGGCUUCUAGAAGGAAUGGAGAAAAUAGUUGGGCGGGUUCACUCUGGGGAGGUCGAAAAUGAAAUUUACACUCCGUGGGACGGACUUCCAUCCCUGCAGCUUGCUGAUGAAGACUCCAGACUCUUUGCCUUUUACAACCUGCUUCACUGCCUCCGCCGAGAUUCUCACAAAAUUGACAACUAUCUCAAGGUUUUGAAGUGCCGCCUAAUACACGACAACAAUUGUUGA